AUGGAGGACUACUUGGGCAGCGGCUGGUCAAGAGGUCACAUGGCUCCGCCUGGAGACAACAAGGCCUCCGAGCAGUCCAUGGCUGAGACAUUUUACUUGUCCAACAUUGUGCCUCAGAACUAUGAGAACAACGCUGGCUUCUGGAACAGGUGUGUACCCUACUCUAGAACAUUGCAGGGUUCCACUCCGGACAAAUCUGUUGCUUCUGUAUGUGUGUAGGCUGGAUGUGCUGCCGGGAAGCAUUUCCAUGGGCAAGGCCCGCUGGCCUUGCCCAAAGAACAGGUUGAUGGGAAAAGGACGGUGACAUAUCAGGUUAUUGGAAGAGAUGACGUUGCCGUGCCAACCCACGUCUUCAAAGUCAUCCUAGUUGGAAACAUGAACAUCACAGACCAAUCAGCAUCUAAACCCAUAGCCCUAAGUGCCUUUGUGGUUCCCAACCAUCCAAUAGGCUUUGAGUGACCCCUGAAGGACUUUGAGGUCAGCCCAUCAGAGCCGGAGAAGGUGUCAGGGCUGCGCUUUUUCUUGGGGCUGGGGUCUCUGCCCAGCCUGUGUGAGCAAGACUCGUGUCAGCUGAUGAGCUAUAAGGAGUUCCAUCUCUACCUGGCUGGCAGGAAGGUGGGCAGUGCCCGUUCCUCUGCCAAGCUGGAGCGACACAUGGCGGAGCUGCAGGAGAAGGGCAUCGCCCCUGAUGACUACCUCCUCAAGCUCUACCAGAUGAAGAAGAUGGAGCAGGCCAAGCAGGUGCAGCCUGAGACAACGAAGGGCAUCUGA